UUGUGCAUGUCAUGUUCCUUUGGGUUUCUUCAAACGGAACGCCACUUCCAUACUAUAAUUCUUCCUCCUUCUAAGCCCUCUCUACUCAUAAGACUCCUCCUCCCUUGUACACAGUACACUAGCUUGUGGGUCUCUACCCCGAAUCCUCUUUUCAUGUUUGUCUGCCUCUUGGAGUGAGGAAAAAGGAGAGAGAGAUUAUUAGAAAACACAACAGGUCCGUCUGUUUCCGCGUUUGAGAGAGAGUAACUAGACAUGGAGCUAGAGGCAAUUGUGUACUCUCAAGAUCCAUUUACUUAUGGCUGCAAGGAUUCUUGCUCCUUGGCAGGAGGGGGAGCUUGGGACUAUGAUUUUGAGUUGCAAGAAGAUGAUAAAGCUUUUCUUGGGAUUCUGGAAAAUAACAACAUGGAGCAACAAGGUCUUCAUGCAAGCUGGGAUUCAUCAUCACUUUCAUUGAUGCAGCAAGAAAAAGAAUGGGAUUACAAUUCCUCAUCACCCGGGACUUGCAAUGUCGAUCAAUCUCUCCAAGGAAUACUGUUUCCUGCAAUGAUGGAACCUGCACCAGUGACAACAACAAACAGGAGAAAACGGAGACGCACCAAGAGCUCCAAGAAUAAAGAAGAAAUUGAGAACCAGAGAAUGACUCACAUUGCUGUUGAACGCAACCGCAGAAAACAGAUGAAUGAGUAUCUUGCUGUGCUUAGGUCUUUGAUGCCUCCUUCUUAUGUUCAAAGAGGUGACCAAGCAUCGAUAAUUGGAGGUGCCAUUAACUUCGUGAAGGAGCUAGAGCAGCUCUUGCAGACCAUGGGAACUAAUAAAAAGAACAAGCAACAACCCGACGAUAAUGGUUUCCCUUCACGGCUAUUUGCUGAGUUCUUCACCUUCCCACAGUAUUCGACUCGUGCAUCUCAGCCUUCAGUAACGGCAGAUGAAUCAGUGGCUGAUCAGAACCAGCGGGCUUUAGGGGACAUAGAAGUGACAAUGGUGGAGAGCCAUGCCAACCUCAAAAUUCUAUCAAAGAAACGGCCAGGACAGCUCUUGAAGUUGAUGGUGGGGUUGCAAAACCUAAGGCUCAGUAUUCUUCACCUCAAUGUCACCACUGUUGAUCAAAUGAUUCUCUAUUCAGUUAGUGUCAAGGUUGAAGAAGGAUGUCAUCUGAAUACAGUGGACGAGAUUGCAGCUGCUGUUAAUCACAUGCUAUACAGGAUUGAAGAAGGAACUGCUUUCAGCUGAAAUUUGUAAACCUAAGUUGUAACUGUUCUGCAGUUAGGGCCGGUUGUUAAUUUGCCUCUCGUAAUGGAUUUUGCUGGUUUAAUUUUCCCUCCAUUUUAAUUUGUCCAAGAUAAUUUUAUAUAA